GAAGGACGCAUUCGGCACGCCGUGUGGGGCUGAGCGGGCUGGUGCAUGAUCGACCUGAAGGCUAGGGCCUUGCAAAGCUAAGCGCGCUGCCUUACGUAACCAGGCAGCAUGUCGGCGCUUGCGCAGCGGCAGUGGCGGCAGCGCGCGCAGACUGCAGUGCGGGUGGCGAUCACUGCGACCAAGGAGGCGCGGACAACCUACCAGGGCCUGAGUGACGGCGGCGACGGCGCUAUGUCCGACCUGUCCAACGCCCUGCUGCAGCUGUCGCACCUGCCCGGACUGGCCCUGCCGCAGCCGCUGGCGGCGAUGUGCCCAGACGUGCGCGCCGCGGCGGCCGCCAAGUUGGCGCGGCAGCAGGCGGCACUGGCGGAAGCGCUGGCGGACCGCGUGUGCCAGAUGGCGGCGUGUGUGGAGGGCUUGGCGCGCGCGGUGGAGGCGCUUGACCAAGUGCCGCAGGAGGAGCCGUGGAUGCGCUCCAGCCCUGUGUUCCACACCUUCCCCCUGCCGAAGCUCCGGCAGCUGCUUGCGGGAGUGGUGGAGCAGUAUCGCCUGGAGCAGGACAGCAAGGCCGCCGCCGCAGCCGCCAUAGCGGCCCUGGCGGUGGGCCCGGCCGCAGCGGCGGCCGCCGAUGCGGCGGAGGCCGCAGACUUUGCCGCGGACGGGCAGUUGGGCGGGGCAGGGACGGGUGGUGCUGGUGGCCCGAGGGCGGACGCGCGCGGCGUGGCGGUGCUGGCCGCAGUGUCGGCAGCUGGCGAGGCCGGCGGCGUGCGGCCAGGCGGUGGGGGAUUGGGAGGAGGUGGAGGGGCUGGAGGCGGUGGGACGGUGGGGAAGCUGGACGCGACGCGGCUGUCGGAGCUGUGCACCACGUACGUGUCGGUGUGGAUGCUGUCGCCGUACCUGGAGGAGCAGGAGGCGGAGGAGGUGCUGGGGGCGAUCACGGAGGACAUGGUGGGCUUCUGAGAGUCCUGACACGCGUGCCCCAGGGGCAGGCUGACACGCAAGACUGGCAAGACUGCCUUGCUAUGGCAAUCUCGGGCUAACGUGUAACACUUAACACUUAUGAGUAUUCACAACAGAAAACCAGCGUGGGCAGUUACAUGUGACAAUGUAAGGCACAGGUUACAGGUUGCUGAUGUUGGGACCUGCAUUGCGAGACGGGGGCAUGUGCGCGUGCAUGUAGGAAGUCUGAACAGAAUUAGGAGACAACCUGGCAGGGUGCAGGGUGUGUGAUGGGACAGUGUCAAGGCAGGUUGGUAAAGUCCCGUAGGGUGCAGCUGAUUCCCAGAGGCAGGGUGCAGGGUGGCAGGGUGAAGAAAUCGGGUGACGUAGCGUAGGUUGUGCGCUAGCUGGCAGCCCAAGCGCAAUGUCCUGACAUUGGAGACGGUGGCAGGGAUUGGGUGGGCUGUGGCACUACCGCACUAGGCU